AUGAAUAUUCAUGCCGGGGAACUCACCGAAUAUCAGUCCGACGGCCAUCUGCAGGAGAUGGAUACCGGGGGAAUAAAUGUCUGGGACGUUAGGCUCCUGCUUCAAGAGGUUGAGGCUCAAGUCCAAGCCCGAGUCGUCGAUAUCCCCCAAGUCCACGCUGGCGCAAACAACUACGGAUUUCACAUCAAACUCUCCGACCACCGAGAUGUGCUGGCACGUGUUGCGAGGGCUGAUGUGAACAUGCCAGAUUACGACGGCUUCGUUAUGACCUGGCUGCACAACCAGGUCGAGUUCGAGGCUGCCGUGUACCUUCUCCUCGAGGGCACUACCGACAUCCCUACUUCUCGCUUGAUCUACUUCCGCCACUCCGAGCAGUCUCAGCGGUCGACAACCCAGCUUCCGGAGGAUAUCAACGGGCGACGAGUCAUGCUUUUCGACAGCUUCCAGCCUGUGGAGUGGAGGCCCAAAACAUUCCUGCCUCCCAGCAAUGCCAAUCGAGACUUCUGUAUUUCGAUGCUCAAGGCAAAGGUCGAAGGCUUGAUCGGGGACAUAGGUGACAAAAUCGGUUGGGAGGAAGACAACCUGACCGUGGGCCCCCGGGCAUUUGCUGCCAAACAAUCGCUGCUCCGCUUGAUACCCCUGAUUCUCCCGGAGGGCGAUGAGGAGGUCCUGUAUCGAUUAGUUCUCCAACACGAUGAUUUUGGCAUCCAUAACAUGUCGUUCGACGUGGACGAGGCAGGGGAGAUCCGCUUAACUUCGGUGUAUGACUGGGAGACGGGGUGUAUCAUUCCGAUUAUUCUCACCGAGAUCGAAUUUUCCAAUGCCAGUUGCGACUUUAUCGUCAAUGAGGAAGGCGAGCCGUCGGUGCACAUAAGGUCGGAUUUGGAGCGUCAGCCGGAAAGACGUCUCCAGAACCAACAGUACGCUGUUGAGUUCUUAAAUGCAAUAUACGAACGUGCACCUUACCUCGAGAAGACCCUCCACGCCGGAAACGAUGCCCGGCGGUUGUGGUCCACUCUGAAUCGGUGGAGAGGGGAUGACCCUGAGGGAUAUUUUGGCGAGCUCGGGUCAUGGACUGAGGCAAGAAUGAGCGAGAUGCGGGGAGUGAAGCGGGAUGGUCAACAACAGGACGUUACCAGGAAAUGA